UGCAGUGACGAAGGAAACACCAAAACAGAACUCAGAAAUCCCAGUCCCCGCCGCCAAAGACCCCAACCACGAUGGUGCCAGGAAUGGCGCCCAAGCCGGCGCCGCCGAUGCCCGCGCAGCCGAAGAAGCCUCAGCACAUGCUCGUGCUCGGCACCGGUUUCGUCGGCCGCUACGUCUCGGAGCGCCUCCUGUCACAGGGAUGGAGGGUGUCCGGGACGUGCACCAGUGCCGCCAAGAAGAUGGAACUCGAGUUGCUGGGCAUGACUGCUUCCGUCUUGGACGCCACAACAAGCAAUAUUGCAGAUCUUCAUGCUUUGCAAGAUGCAACCCAUUUGCUCAUCUCUAUUCCUCCCAUCCCUGGGGUUGGUGAUCCUUUGCUUUCCUCACAUGCUGACCUGCAAACAACACUGACUAGUGGUAAUCUUCAAUGGUUAUGCUACCUAUCUUCAACAAGUGUGUAUGGUGAUUGUGGUGGUGCAUGGGUUGAUGAGGAUCAUGUAGUGAAUCCAAAGAGCGCGUCUUCCAAGUUAAGAUAUGCUGCUGAACAAGGAUGGUUGGAUCUUGUCGACGAGCUGGAUCUAUCGGCUUUUAUACUUCGUUUGGGUGGAAUAUAUGGGCCUGGAAGAAGUGCUUUGGAUACCAUAGCUAAGAGAAAAUCUUCUUCACGAAGACAGAAGUUGAGGGAGUCCAAACAGUACACUGCACGUAUCCAUGUGGCUGACAUCUAUCAGGCUAUCCUGGCUAGCAUGAGCAUCAAAUCUACAAGGAAGAUAUACAAUGUGGUGGAUGAUGACCCUGCCCCGAGAUCCGAGGUCUUUGCAUUUGCUCAGAGCUUGAUAGAGAAAAGAUACCCUGAUCUCGCUGCGGAUUCUGCAGAAUCAAACAGUCAGAGCAGAAUUAUAGCUGCUGAAAAACGGGUAUCUAAUGGUCGGUUGAAACAGGAGCUGGGCGUUAGGCUUGCCCACCCAUCUUAUAGGUCAGGGCUGCAGAGUAUUCUUGAUUCCUGGCUCGAGGGAAAUCAGUGAUGUGUAGCCUGUGCAGCGAGUAGCAUUUCUUUUAAUCCUUGGUUUGGAUGACACAAUGUGAACCUGUGCACGAUACCGCACAUUGUACCUGAGACUGAAGUAAUGUACUAUGAUCCCAAGGAAUAUUUUGCCGAACGUAGUGAAAACUAAAAUAAAUGCAGUUGCAAGAUUAA